CCUUCGCAACUUCCACGGUUCGAACACGCGCAAAUGCCCGCGCCACCUCUUCGCGGCGGCGCCGCCGCCGCCGGCCGCGGCCACCUCAACCUCUCCCUCCUCGCCGACCGCUGCUCCACUCUCCGCAGUCUCACCGUCGUCCACGCGGCCAUGCUCGUCUCGGGCCGCCUCGCUUCCGACGCCUUCGCGGCCUCCCGCCUCCUCGACGCCUACGCCGCCCUCUCCCCUCCCGCCACCGUCCUCAGCCUCCUCUCCUCCCUCCCCUACGCCCCCAACACGUUCAUGCUCAACACCUCCCUCCGCGCGCUCGCAUCCUCCCCCGACCCCGCCUCCGCCUUGGCCUUCUUCUCUCAGCUCCGCCGCUCCGGCAGAUCCUCCUACUCUCCUGGUCGGCACACCUUCCCGUUCCUCCUCAAGGCCUCGGCCCGCCUUCCCCUCCCCGUGUCCAGGCAGGUCCACGCGCUCGUCGUGAAGCAGGGGCUCGAUCGCGACACCUACGUCGCUAACGGCCUCGUCCGGGCCUACUCUGUGGCCGGCCGCGUCCGUGUCGCACGGAAGGUGUUUGAUGAAUUGCCGGAGCGGAGCACGGUGGUGUACACAACGAUGGUCUCGGGAUACUCACAGAACGGGCGGUACCAGGAAGCAAUGGGAACAUUUGAUGACAUGCUCCACGAGGGGUUCGAGCCCGGCCCCGUGGUGCUGGCGUCGGUGCUGUCCGCGUGCGCGCGGUCGGAGUCGGGCGGGCUCGUGAUGGGGCGGCGCGUGCACGAUAUCAUGGAGCGGAGGGGGAUGGCGGCGCCCAUGGGGGUGAUCCUCGGCACGGCGUUGGUCGACAUGUACGCGAAGAAUGGAGCGAUCAAUGAAGCGGUAAAGGUGUUCAAGGGGAUGCCGGAGCGGCACACAGCAACGUGGAACGCCUUGAUUUAUGGGUUGGCGCACCAUGGGCACGGCGAUGACGCGCUGUCGAUGUUCCAGCAGAUGCGACGGGAGGGCGUGCCGCCGAAUGCGACCACGCUUGUUGGGGUUCUGUCAGCGUACUGCCUCAUGGGGCAGCUUGACGAGGCCCGCAGAGUUUUCGCGUCUAUGGAGGACUUCGGGGUGACUCCGAGCAUCCAGCACUAUGGGUGCAUGGUCGACCUCCUCGGACGGAGUGGACUCCUGUCAGAGGCCGAGGAGAUGAUACGUGGGAUGGCAUGCAAGGCAGAUACUGCAAUCUGGGGGGCUCUGCUUACAGCCUGCAAGAACCAUGGUGACGUUGAUGUCGCGGAACGGGCUGUGCAAGAGAUGCUGAAACUGGACCCCAACAACCAUGGCGUGUAUGUGGUGCUGUCCAACAUAUAUGCAGAUGCUAGGAGAUGGCAGGACGUGGACAGGCUGAGGAAGGUGAUGAAGGGCGCACGGUUGUCAAAGAUCCCGGGGUCAAGCACCGUUGAUGGCUGCGAUGACGGCUGACCAUGGCAGUGACAGGAGAUGGACGGUUUCCUCGCAGCUCAUCACUUUUCAGUAAGUAACUUGCUGACCAUGAACAGGUGCUAGCCAUACUCCAUUUUGGUGAGAUUCAAAUGGGUUGUUGACUGUUGGGACCAAAUUCAGUAUUACAGCAGCAAGCCAUUGCCCAUGAUGUCAUGGAAAAUUUCCUCCCAUGAAUCAAUACAAACACGAGUCAUGAGCCCAAUCAUCAUUUCCAACAUAUACAGCUGCAAGCAAAGCAGUCUGCAUGAUGGCAUAUUUCCAGUCUGUAUCACAUUGUCAUCAGAAGCUCCCGUUCCAGUUGUGCUCAGGUUGACUCAAAUUGUUCUGAGAAAUGAGUCAUAACAUCGAUCAAACAUGCAAUUUGACCAUUUGCAGAUAAAAGAUGAGAUGUACAUUCAAGUCCAUGCACGAAAACAGCUCAGACAAAUGCUAUCGGUUCAGUUGCAAUUGAUUUUACUGUCUAACUGACAAUUACAGUGCAAAGGGAAUAACUUUUGCAAGUUUGGUCCAUGCUUACUGGACUGGAGAUCCAGCAUCUGCAUGAUCAUGCCGAUUGCUGCAUUGCUUUGGUAAGAGCCUCGGAAAUUAUGCCUGCAGAGAUAAUCAGUGUAGGAUUUCGCUAUUCAUCAUAAGAGCAGUAUCGGCAAGGGUGAUAUAAUGCUUACAGAGAAUGUCUUUACAAAGAAUAGAAGAUUCUCUAGAGUUGCGAAUCCUGCGCCUCUGUACUUAACUUCAUAAUAAAGCUGAAUAUUAGUGUAGUUAGUCUGGCAAGUUUUAGUAUGGAGUUUGGACCAUAGCUGUCUAUUGGUUGACAUACCAUGUACUUCCACUUCUUAGAAAUCAAACUUGCCUGUUUUUGACCAAGAUAUGUUGCAUACCAAAGAGCUCUCUAGACUUCCUGUUGCCAUAAGUUUGUAUCCAUCAGUAUUCAGGAGAUAAUAUAGCUAUCCAGUUAUCGAAUUUGCAGUAUGGUAUCGCUGUCCCGCCUCUGUCACGAAGCCUGGCACUGACCGUGGAUUCACCCUCGCCUGAUCACCGAUGCCGGUGAUCCUCUUAUGUUUUUUCUACUUUUCCAAACUACUAUUCACAUGAACGUAGUUUAUGAUCUUCUCAUGCUUUUACUCUCUUUAUAUGUGCCUAUGGGAUAUGGAGGAUAUUUGUUAUUCCACCAUCCUUCUCAUAUAUAAGAUGUUAUUACAACCACAUCUUAUAUUAUAGGGUAUAUUAUAGGACGGAGGG